UUAGUUUAGUUUACUUCUCUCUAAAUGACGGUACAAAGUUUAAAUUGCACGAGGUCCGAACACCGAUCGCAACCGCUCCGACUAAAGCAGCGAGCUAAAGUUGAAUAAAGAAAAAGAUGUAGAAAGAAAAACGCUUAAAAAAUUUAAAAAGAGAGUACCAAAUGUAACUGCUAGCUAAUGCGGGGAGUCGAACCCUCGCAGCAGCAGCAGCAGCAGCAGCUCAUGACCAGAAACGUCAUUACAUUAGCUCGCUCGUCCUCUCGUGGUGGUUAGGACUCUGUUGUGUUUUCCAGCUUCAACUGUCUCCUUCUCCUCGACUGAAGCUCCUCGACUCCACUUUCCUCCACGUUGGUUUCUCUCCAGUCGUCCAGAUUGUGAAGAUGAGCAACUGCGAGGAGCCCGAAGCCCCCAGUGCGCCUCACGUCGUGGAGGAAGAGAUCAUGGCAGCAGGGAAAUGGUUGAAGCUGGAGAAGACCACAUAUGUGGACCGUGCUGGAAGCACCAGAGUCUGGGAAACGGUGAAAAGGACAACGAGAAAAACCAACACAGAAGCAGACGGCGUUGGGAUCAUCGCCCUGCUGAAGCGCACGCUGCACAAGGACUGCGUGGUGAUGGUGAAGCAGUUCCGUCCUCCAAUGGGAUGCCACACGCUGGAGUUUCCUGCAGGGUUGAUCGACGAGGGGGAAAGUGCCGAGACGGCUGCUUUGAGGGAGCUGAAAGAAGAAACCGGCUUCAAAGGGGAAGUAGUGGGAAUCACUCCAGUGACCUGCCUGGACCCCGGUCUGUCUAACUGCACCUCCCAGUUGGUCAUGGUCAACAUCAACGGAGACGAGGGGGAGAACAUCAACCCGAUGCAGCAGCUCGCCGAUGGAGAAUUUGUGGAAGUCAUUCUCCUCCCACUUGAUGAAUUCCAAGUGAAAAUAGAUGAUCUGCUGAAGAAAGAGAAAACCAUUGUGGACGCCAAAGUGUACAUCUUCGCCAUGGGGAUGGCUCAGGCCUUCUUCAAGCCGAGGGAGCUGCCCGUCCUGAAGCAGUGAAGGGAAAGAACAACAAGAGAAGGCCUUCCCAAAUUGUAAUAAGCAAUGAUGUGAAGAGUUGCCGGUCGUGGUUUUUAGAUGCUUCCUAACUUUGCGUUUUAACAUUGUCUUUCUGACGUGUUUACGGACGUUCAUAGAGCCAAAUGAUGGGAGACGCCGUCACGACUGUGUUAAACAUAAACAAAAAAAACAAAAAAAAUGUGAUUAUGAAAUGGAAAUCUAAAAAGAAUGCUUUGCAUUCGGGAAGCGAAGCGAUGGCGGUGCUCGCUUCACGUGGCCCGGCCCACUUUGUUUGUCAGUGACCAAACAGGGCGAAGCUCUCUCCGGUGGGGCCAACUGUUCCGCCGUUUGCACACUUAACGCGGAACACGUUCCAGCCUUCAGUGCCUAAUGACGAAUAACUUUAUUUUUUAUAUACAUGUAGCUCGAUGUGUCGAGUAAUCUCGAAAAACAUUCCUAACGUGCCGUUUUGUCGCCUUAAUGGGAGGAGCCAAUUCUACUCCCGAUUCUUUCCCCAUUUAGAAAAAAAAGACGCUUUAUUUGCCGAAAUUCGAUACAAAUUCUCGCUCCGUUUAGUUCGUUCAUUUCUUUUGUUCUCGUGGAUACCCGUGAAGCACGACGCGUACCUCUUCGGGAUUUAUUUUGUCCAAAUGCAUCCUGGCAACUGAAGAAACAGUCACUUUAGAAGGAGUAGUCGAUGCUUUAGUUGUAAAAUAACCCGUGCGUUGUGAUGAUGGUGACAUGGAGCAUCUGUUUGAUGCACUAACACAUUUUGGGGGGGGGGGGAGGUUCUUGUGUGACUAAUGCUGUCGCGAUAAGGGCAGGGACUGAUUAGUAGGAAAUCAUUUGUGCUGUAGCUCCAACCUCGCGGUGCAAUUAACAAAACAUUGACGCUGUACUAGAAACUAGAAAUUACAGACCAAUGAAUAAAAGAUAUUACCGUU